AUGAAUAAGUUUUGGUCUUUCCUCAGCGUGUGCUACAUACUUUUUCAUUUUUGUGGGGCAUUGAAAUUACCGCAUUGUUAUGAAAAUCUGGUCCUGCGGAGUGCAGAAGGACAAGCAAUUCGCGCCCCCCAGAGGUACUACAUCCACCCAAGGAAAGCCAAAAGAACAGAAAGGAGAGGUAGGAAUGUACCUCCCUGCUACCACAAUACGCUUCGCAACUAUGGGAGGAAUAAGCACACUAGGCUGUUUUAUAGAAGCAAAAAGGAAAAGGACAUCCAGGAAUCAGGCUACAUGUAUCCCUUCGAUCACUUGGAGAAAAAAAAAACGAAAUUUCCUCCUGACCCCUACCAGCCAAGUGAAGAAGAGAGGGAAGAGAACGUGGCAGAUGUGUUCGAUGAUCAGCUAAACGAUGAUGAACUCCUGAGCUUUGACGAGGACGACGAUGCGAAAAGGCACUUUGGAGAGACAACCUUCAACGCACCUAUCAGUGUACACGGUGCGGAGGGGGGGAAAAACAACAAUGGUGCGAAUGAGGAAGACAGCAUGAAUGACGAGGAUCCGGAUAGAGCAGACGACUUGAUACCACGCGAACUCGUGGCGGAGGCCGAAAAGGGAAGUGUCGUUCCAUACCAACCACAACACGAACGGGAGGUAGUAAAGAUCACUGUGCACUCCGUAGAAGAACAGAGAAUCAAAGCAGAAAUGAUGAAGGAUCAACUAUAUUACCUAUUUCACUCCUCCAUGGACAGUGCUUUCAUCGAAUCCUUUAGACUGGAAAUUGAAUUGUCCAUCCGUGAAGAGGAGAAGAACAUAUCGGUAGGGUACACCUUUGGAGAGAGCCAUUACGAAGCGCCAAUAUCGUGCGUAGAAGACCUAAUAAAAUUUUCCCAUCGUUUGCAGAAAUUGUUGAUCACCAGAAUAGAAGAUGUUCAGAGGGACAAAACUGAUGGAGAGAUGACCUACUUGAGUAAAAGCAUGCGCAAAGAACUUGAGAGGGGGAAAAAACAGAGGAACAUUACACACACCUCAAAACAGAACUUGCAAAUGAGUAUCGAGUCGUCCUUAAAGCUGAUAGAAAAAUGCAAACAAAAACUGUACAGGCAAAAUUAUGAACGUACUUUACACGAUUUGAAAUUAGCAUACAGCAUGUUGCCGUGUAAAUAUUAUGGAUUUUUCCUCUCCAGCAUUGCUGCAAAUAUAUCCAUGCUGUCCUACUACACAAAUGACAUGCAAGGCGCUCUUAACUUUUCUCUAAAGGCAAUAAAGUACGAACCGAAACAUGCAUUAGCGUGGAAGUGUCUAGGAGAUGCAUACAGAAGCUUCCGGAAAUUCUGGCAGGCCCAAAAUUUUUACGACAUAGCAAUACAUUUGGGCUAUAAAGACGACAAGGGAGAGAACUUCAAAGAAAUCGUGGCCGAGUUAAACAAAUUAACAGUGGCUUCUUUGAAAAAGGCAGAUACUUUAAAAGAAAAUAUGAGCAACUGCACCAACGUUAUCGUGAAGAAAAACAUCGGAAUUGUGUUGAAUAAGAAUCCCGAUUCGAUUGGGGGUUGUUACGUAUCCUACAUCAUUGAAGGAGGAAAAGCGAGCAAAAAAAAUUUCCACCAUGGAGACCAAAUUGUCGCACUGAACAAUAUCGUUACGUAUGGAAAACCAAUUGACUUCUGCUUAAAAGCUUUCCAAAAGAAUGAAGGUUCCUACGACAUUGUAUUCUUCAGGGGAAAUAUUAUCGAGCUGUACGGUCUGCGCGCCUACAAAUAUUUGAUCGAACAUGGUUUGUUUCAUACCCUCUUCGAAAAUGAAAAAAUUGCAUCCUUCAAGCGAAACGAAACCAUUUUGUUUGACUUGCGUGGGUUUGGUACUUUUUCCGAGUACGGCGUGUCCAAGGGGGAAUCGUAA